AUGGGCUCUCCUAUUUCUCCUGUAAUUGCCAACAUUUUCAUGGAGCAUUUUGAAAAAGAGGCCCUCAGGAAAACACCUAAGAAACCUGAAGUUUGGUUCCGUUAUGUAGACGACACAUUCGUGAUAUGGAGACACGGCAGAGCCGAAUUCUGUAAAUUCCUUAUUUUCCUCAACAAUCAACAUCCAAAUAUCCACUUCACUAUAGACAUAGAGGAAAAUGGAAAACUCCCCUUCCUAGAUGUUCUUGUCUCUAAGAAAGCUGACGGUACCUUAGGCUAUCAAGUGUACAGAAAACCAACACACACAGAUAGAUACCUAUAUGCCGAGUCGCACCAUCACCCAUCACAGAAACAGUCUGCAAUCAACUCACUUGUACAUAGAGCUUUCACCAUCUCUGACAAAGAACAUCUACAGACAGAACUCAACCACUUAAAACUAGCCUUACAGAAAAACGGACACGACAAAAAAGACAUAAUUAAAACAAUCAAUAAACAUGCAGACAAGACAACGUCUCUGACGCACAACCAGACGAAAACAUUCUAUCCAUUCUCCCAUAUCUCAAAGGAACAACAGAUCGGAUUGGCAGGAUAUUAA